CGCGGUGCAGUCACCUACCGGCCUGCCGACGUGGCGGGGCGGAAGAAGAGCUGCUGGCUGACACCAGACGGAUCACCAUGUCCCAAGCAGCUGCCCCCUCUGACGCAGACCCCUCUGCUGACAUCACCCCUGCACCUACCCAGCCCCCUCAUACUGACCAGGGCUCCUGCCAGGAUGUCCCAGAAGCCCUUGCACCGCCCUCGGCCCCUCUGCAGCCUCCUUUGAUCCCUGAGAGUGUCGUCCUCCUGCAGUCCAGCGAGGAGAAGACCACAGAGGACCCCACCACCACCACCAAGACUUCAGAGGGUCCGACUGACCAACCGGAGCCUCCCACUGACGGUCAGCUGAUCGAAUGUGACCAACCAGUGAGUCUGGAGCCAGACGCUGUAGAGGAGGACGUGGAGGGUAAGUCUGUGAUCAGUGGAGGUUUGGAUGCCUUGGAGUUCAUUGGAAAGAAGACCAUGACUGUUCUGGCUGAGAGUGACCCGGGUUUCAAAAAGACCAAGACCCUGAUGCAGAAGACUGCAUCACUGAGUCAGAUGUUGAAAGAAGCCAAAGAGAAAGAGCGUGCACGUCUGGGCAACCAGCCAAUCAGUGUGCCCACAGCUCACUACGGUAUUCUGUUUGACGACUACCAGGGCUUGUCACACCUCGAGGCCCUGGAGAUCUUGUCCAAUGAGAGUGAGGUCAAGGUCCAAGCUUUCCUCUCCUCCUUGGAGGAAGAGAAGAGGGAGGAGGUGAAGGAAGGGCUGAUUUUUGAUUAAGGACUCUGCCCCGAAAGAGGAGAGGAAGAGGAAAAAGAAGAAGGAAAAGGAGAAGGAGGACAGACGAAGGAUAACGCGGCUGAUGGCGAGGAGUUUGUGAGCGUUCUCACUGAGCUAUUGUUUGAGCUUCAUGUUGCUGCCACGCCAGACAAACUCAACAAGGCUCGGAUGAGGGCCCAUGAAUGGGUGAGCGAGGUGGAACAGCCUGUCACUACAGAGACGGUUGGCAGGGAAACGCAGGACCAGCCGGGAGAAGAAGCCUCACCUGGAGAGAACGAGCAGGAGGAGAAGAAGAAAGACGGGGAGGAGAAGGGGGAGAGAAAGAGCGAGGGGGAAGAGAUGAAGGAAGGAGAGGAAGAAAAAGAAGAGAAAGAGAAAGACCCCAAAUCUGUAGAGGCUGUCUACCUGUCAUCAGUCGGCAGUCUGGCAGAAGUGACGGCUCGCAGUAUCGAGCAGCUCCACAAGGUGGCAGAACUAAUCCUCCACGGCCAGGAGCUGGAGAAACCAGCCAAAGACCAGGCACACAUCCUCACCAGGUUGACAUGCGCCAUGUGUAAGGAGGUGGAGUGUUUGGCCAAGAAGUUCUCUGAUACACUGCUCCUUGUUGGGGGCCAGAGGAAAGCAGAGGAGUUGAAUCCACUGGUAGAUAGUGUGCUGCUAGAGGGCUCCAACAGUAACAACUACAUCCAGAAUGCAUUUCAGCUGCUGCUUCCCGUCCUGCAGAUCUCCCACAUCCAGAGCCAGCACUGUCGGUCCACCACAGAACCAGACGCACAGGCACAGCACUAACACUUACACACACUCACACACACAUACACACACGCGCUACCUGCUCACCUGCUUGUCUUAAUGUAUCUAUUGUUGUACAAUAAAGAGAAUAGAUUAUUCCAGAUGAAGUGCUUUAAAUCUCCAUUAAGUGCCAUAGCAACAGGCAGAAGAUGUUUUAUAUAUACAUAAUAUAAUCUUAAAGAUAACAAUUUAACAAGUAGUUACACAUAGAAGUGACCCACAUAUAUGUUUGUGCCUGUGUCUCUUCUCCGUUGUAUCUCUGAUUGUUAUUUUGACUCUAUUUAGCAGUUGAUUUUUUUGCUUUGAGGAACCAAAUAACGUUCAGAGCUAAUUCGAGCUCAGCUGUGACUCAUUCUAACCAACCAAGAUGUUUCUCUUUCGUCUCCAAAGGCUAAACCAAAAACAGAAAAUUACUGAUUGUGUUGAAGGGACUCUACGUUAAUGUAUGUUAAGCUUUCUUUGCACUACUUAUGGUCCAUUGUUAUUUCAACAGAAAGAGCAUUGGCUGACACUAGUGAAGUUGCUUUAAUCUGGUUUGAGACAAAAUGCCAGUAUUGGUGAUUAUACACAACACUUUUUGCUUGUUUUUUUUAUGUUAAAUUAUAUGAAGAAACACUACCUUAUAUUUUACUUUUAUGCAGUUUGAUUUGAAAGAAAAAUCUGAUCUUCAUACUUUAAAUUAGGAAAUAUUUAGUUCUCCUUCUCCCUUCUCGUGUACAUUGACAGUGUAAUGUAGGUGAAUUCAUCUCUAAUUAUCUUUUGUUGUGCUGCUACUAAAUGAAUCGCUUUCAUGCAAGAGUUAGAUAAGAUCGAUAACCGCUCUCAUAUCUGUAUGAUAAACAGAAACUUACACCCAGCAGCAGGUUAUAGAUUAACGCAGAGACUAGAAAUAGCUAGCCUGGUUCUGUACAAAAGAUUUUAUUAGCACAUUGUAUCGUCGUAAAAAACAACAACAUGUUACAGGGGGUAAUGUGCAGGAAGUAGUACAGAUUUAAACCUGCAGUAACUGAUCUUUUGGCUACUUGGGUUCAGCAGAAAAAAGAUGAAAUUCAUUAUACAACCCUGAGUUGUAAAUUACAGUUAAAUAACCUUGAAUCCUUGAUAUGGUGAACAGCUAAACAAUGAGCUGAAACUCGGUAUAAAGCUCCAUAAAGCAGAG